GCUUCCGUAUCUGUCACAUUGACAUAUGGUCAGGGCGAACGUUGGACCGCGUGCCGUCAAUCACUCCGCUCGCAUGUUUUGAUUCCUGAAAGUUACUGUCAGUGGACUAGCUGUAAAAUGUCCACUUUAACGCAACCUGCAAAUGACCAGUAUGUUUUCCGUCGACGUGAAUUUCAAGAGCUGCCGUCAGAAAACCAGAGAAGAUGGCAAACACCUCCACAUGUCCCCGCUCCAAGGCAGACCGCACUACAACACCAGCGACACCGGGUAGACGGCAGUCAGACCCGACCCGGACCUCCCGCCGAUCCCGGCACCAGAUGGCCCCACGUGGACGACCCCACCACCAGAGAGCCGCAGCUGGACGACUGCGAGCGCAUGGGGACUCUGUUUGGGAUGCUCAACAAGUGUCUGCGGGGGAUGGGCUUCAGCCAGAUGUACUUUGGGGACAAGAUCGUGGAGCCCGUGGUGAUAGUGUUCUUCUGGCUGCUGCUCUGGUUCCUGGGCAUCCAGGCCCUGGGACUGGUAGGAACUCUGUGCAUCAUCAUCAUCUACAUCCAGAAGUAACGAGCGCGGACGAUCCGAGUGGGAAGCCUGCUGUUUUCUUUGUUUAAAGCUUUACAUCCGCGGGACUCAUUUCACGCUCAUUUGGAUUGGAAUCUGCAGUGAGUCUGUGCUUUUAGAAGAGGAGCAAGUACGGAGAGGGCUGUACUGCUCUGUAGCGACGGUGGCUUAUCCCUUGUAUUGUCCAUCGUGUCAUGGGGACUUGGUUAGUUUAUUUACAUUUUGUAUUAGCCUGUCCAAAUGCGUUCGAUCACAGCACAGGUCCCUGGGACCCCCCUCCCCCGUGCCAGUUCACGUGAGAUGACAUCACAUAGUACGCGAGGGUCACCGGGGGAACCAAAGCUCAACGCCAGGCCAAUGUGAACACGUCAAAUAAACUGAACGGGUCCCGGAGACCCGAAGGACAACACAAGGGUUAUAAAAAGGUUUCUAGAAAUGGUUUGAAGCUUGUUCAGGGUCAGUGUAA